CCCAUUUUCCCAGUCAAUUAUUCACAUAUUACCCAUUUUUCUCUCCUGAUAUGAGCUUCAGAGGACUCCAAGUCAACUCCUGUUUUGGAGAUCAAAUAACUGAGAGAAAACAAUAACAGAAAUGAUAUAUUAAAAGAAGAAGUUCAAAGAUUUCUUGAUAAAAAACAGUUGAUUCUUGAGGAAGCUGUUCUUAUAUCUGUUUCCAAUUAGGGAAUUUUCGAAUGUUUCGUGUCACUUGCUUUCUGUUCUUCAUUAUCUCUCGUCUUUUAGUCCUGACCUUGGCUGUAGAAGAAGAAGGAGGCAACCCCAGAUGUAAUCCUUUUGAAUGUGGAUCUCUGGGGUCCGUAGGCUUUCCCUUCUUCGAUGGAACAAAUCGUGGUUGUGGAUUCUUGAAGCUAGACAACUGCAGUGAACAAGUUCCCAGGAUUAAGUUGCAUGAAGAUUGGCCAUGGUUUUAUAUUACAGCCAUCUCUCAAACUAACACAAUCACCCUUCAAGAAAAUGAAACGUUUUUGAGACCUGUGAACUACUGUGCCUACAGAAAUUUGAGCCUUCCAAGCUCUCCUUUUUUAUCGGUUGAACCUUACAAUCAAACCUUUUUCAGAUGCCCUGCUGCAAAAAAUUAUACAAAUUUGACUGCGGUCUGCGAACAGAACAAAAACUUCACUAUUGGUGGCGACCAAAGUGGCUCAAGUAACGAGAAAUUCGGAAAACUUCAUCCUGAUUGUUCUGUGAUUCAGCUCGUGGUGAACAAGACUCAAAAGCGUGCGGACUUCCUAAAGUUAUACACUGGUUGGUUCCGUCUUCAACUGAAUGUAACCAGAGAAUGUACGGACUGUUUUCAGAGAGGCGGCGUGUGUCAAGACAACCAGGGACAGUUUCAAUGUUCUACAGACGUUGCAGGCCAAAACGGAGAAGAUGGACACUCGGUACCGACGUUAGGAAUAGCAAUCGCUGUAGCAGCCACAGGAUUUUCUAUAUCGAUAGUUCUGGCCAUUUAUUGCUGGAGAAGAUUGUCACAGCAUAAUGCCAUCUUCUUCUGGGAGAAGAAAACCAAGGAUUACCAAAACAUUGAGGCAUUUUUAAGGAACCAUGGAUCCCUUGCUCCUAAAAGAUAUAGUUACUCGGAUAUUAAGAAAAUUACCAAUUCAUUUCAACAUAAACUAGGCCAAGGUGGGUAUGGAGCUGUUUAUAAAGGUAAGCUAUUUGAUGGUUGUUGUGUGGCAGUCAAGGUUUUAACUGAGUUCAAAGGUAAUGGUGAAGAAUUUAUUAAUGAGAUUGCUAGCAUAAGUAAGACUUCCCAUGUCAACAUAGUCACUCUUCUUGGUUUUUGUUUUGAGGGUCGAAAAAGAGCUCUCAUGUACGAGUUUAUGUCCAAUGGAUCUCUUGAUAAGAUCAUACACGAAAAAGGUCCAAUAAAGUGGGAAACAUUGUACCAAAUUGCAGUAGGCAUAGCUCGAGGAUUAGAGUACUUACACCGCGGUUGCAACACGCGAAUUUUGCACUUUGACAUAAAGCCUCAUAACAUUCUACUGAAUGAAGAUUUUUGUCCCAAGAUAUCUGAUUUCGGUCUUGCUAAAAUUUGUCCCAAGAAAGAAAGUAUUGUAUCAAUGACAGAUGCAAGAGGAACCAUUGGUUAUAUUGCUCCAGAAAUGUUUUAUAGGAGCUUUGGAGCAGUCUCUUACAAGUCAGAUGUUUAUAGCUAUGGAAUGAUGAUUAUAGAAAUCACUGGAGGAAGACAGAAUAACAAUGUUCAAGCAGAAAAUAGCAGUGAAUUAUAUUUUCCACAAUGGAUUUAUGAGCGUUUGGAAGAAGACGAAGAACUUGGACUGCAUGGCAUUUCCAAUGAAGAUGAUAAAGAACUUGUAAGGAAGAUGAUAAUAGUGAGUUUGUGGUGCAUACAGACUAAUCCUUUGGAUCGGCCAACAAUGAGUAGAGUUGUGGAGAUGUUGGAAGGGAGCAUCCAUUCCUUGCAAAUUCCACCCAAGCCUUUCCUUUCUCCAGCGAGAUCAGCCCCAACAGAUUCCUCAAUUAGCCUAGUAAGCUAAGUAGCUCUCUCAAAAGAGAUAAUUUCACCCCUAGAAGUAGCGUUUUCAAAUUCAUAUCUCAUUAAGACCAUCACUUGCUCUGUACGGUGAAAAUGUUUAUGUAUUGAUCAAAAUCUCUGCUUUCCAACUCAAUUCAAGCAUAUGCUUUUUUCAGAGGCACUAAAA